CACAGGUCCACUUACAGGCAAUUGGGUCUGUACAGCAGGUGCUGCGCUUAGUUGGACAAGACAGCCAUAAAACACUAUGACAAGUAACGUAUCCAAGUGCCUUUUGUUAUUUCAACUACUUUAUGAAAUCCCACAAAGAGAUAAGAGAAAUUGAAUAAGGAAGACGAGAACAUGAGUAAAGACGAGCGGAGGACUGGACUCGCCUUUUCCGGGGGCGGUAUUCGGUCAGCAGCAUUCUGCUCGGGUGUUCUGCGCAGAAUGUUGCAAAAGUCAGUUCCGGUGGAUUACUUGUCGUGUGUUUCCGGUGGCGGGUUUACCGGAAGUGCUUAUUUGGAUUGGAAGUACCGUAACGAACUCAAGGAUGACGCUCGCUGGCACGCGGAGUUUUUUGAAAACAUGAGAAAGAAUUCGAAUUCCUACUGCAACUGUCGUAAUCCCUGUCAAGCUUUGUUUGACGGUUUUAUUCUAUUUUUUCUCAUUUUUGUUGUGACGUUCAUAUCUCCCUGGCUAACAGGUUUCUCUUUCGUUAUACCCACCGCGUAUAUCGUUAAUUAUUUCUUUGGGGAUAUUCUAAGGGCUCCCUUUACCUGUCCCUCAACGCGCAAACGAAACUUUACCUCGUCUCAAAUCCAAGAAAAUCCCGGAACAUUAACUCUGGUUAACAUUACUAACACCAUCGAAUGCGUCCCAAAGUUCGGUCCUCACAUGUACAGCACUCUUGUUCUGUUUGUCUCGCUGUUUGCGGCAUUUCUAACGCUAUUCUUUCUCAAAGAAAUCCUGAAAAAACGGUUAAAAAAUUUCACUCGAUUUCUGUUUAACCUGGUUGGCUUUACGCUCGCCAUGACAUUUCUUCCCUGGUUCAUCGAGGAGUACAUUGUUGUUACGCCUCUUUGGGCGAACGCUCUUAUCAUUGUGCUGAGUGUGUUCCUGUGGCUUGGGCUCCCUCCCUUGAGAGAUAAGGCGUCUGUGGCGAUGAUCGUGUAUUUCUACGCCUAUGCUGUCAAGUGGAUGGUGUAUAAGACAGAUGUGCUCUACGUGCGCUUCACCCAUGAUAGAUUUGCCGCACUUAUGUAUGCUUCUGGGAUCUUGAUUUGGCUCAACCCAUUUAUUGGCCUUCUGCAGCAGAAUGCCGUGCACAUCUAUAACCGAUGGCGUCUACAGAAAUCCUUCUAUUCCCCUGAGAGUGUAGGUGCCAGUGGCUGCGCUGGUAUCACGUGCCAGGACGUCAUACCCUGGUGCGCGUGCUCUGGCAACGAUACCGCUGAACGUCUGAAUCGCCCAGUCACCUUUGGCGACAUUGAAGAUGUCAAACCGCAACUGAUUUGCAACGUAACGGCGCAUCACUGGAAGCGGACAGAGGGCGAUGAACACAGUUAUGAGCUCCUCACUAUCGCGCCUGACGUCAUAGAGAGAAUAGACCGCUGUGUAGAGGAGGUCGAGUUCGACUCGACACACAUUUCACCUCAUGACGUCAAGUUGUCCGUUGCCAUGGCAGCGUCUGCCGCUGUGGUGUCCUAUGACCUUGGCAAAGCUCAAAGUAUAAAUGCUGGUUUCAGGGAUCUGCAGAUUCUGCUAGGCCUGGGCCUUGGUAAGAGGAUGAUCUCUCACAAGCGCGGCAACACUUGUUUAGCACGGGUUUUAGCGGUUUUAAUCCAGUUUCUCGUGGCUCUACCAGUUAUGGUGCUGCCAGCUGCGCACUUUAUUCAAGGCACGAGUGAGUUUCUAGAUGAGGUGGCAGUUGGUACCUUUUUAAUCUUCCUUGGUGUUCUAACGUUCAUCGCCAUUUUACCGACUGGAACUGACAACCCGGGAUGCCUGGAGAAGUUUGUAAGGUGGUGCAUUGUCCAUAUCUACCACGUCCGCCUGAUCCGAGAGAUGAUGGGGAUUACUAACACAGGGCCAAAGCCUCCUUCCGUGAUCUCUCUAAGUGAUGGCGGUCACAGGGAUAAUCUCGGUCUACUCGCACUUCUCAAGCUUCGCUUGCCCCGAAUCGUAGUUGUCAACGGUGGGUACGCUCCGAACGGCAAACACGAUGAGGAUCUACUCUUUACUCUUGGCCUAGCUCGCGAGAAGCUACGCUGCUCGUUCACGGGAAUAAAUGGGCGGGACAUCCAAGAGGAUUUGCGCACUAAUUUCGUCGAAGUCCCCCCCGGAAAACGCCCCCGGAGUUACAAAUUUCGGGUGGGGUACUUCGAGAAGGAAGGGGGAAUAUACGGAGGAGAGAGAAAAGUCGGCGAUGGAGAGAUAGUGCUGAUUGCCCCACGCCACCCUCACGAGGGAUCCGAGGCCCCGGCGCACAUGGAAUUGUGGAAAGAGUGUCUGGAUGACAAGGUAGUACUCGAGGAGCCCAAAUGGGGGUCUGGGCCGGUGCUGGAGGGGCCGGAAGUUGAUAGGCUGACAGGAUGCUGCUGCGAGUGCUGCCAUGGGAGGAUUUGUAACUGUUGCCUUGGUGACCUAUGUGGGAGAUUCCCCAUGCAUUACACGGGCAAUCAGCUAUUCACGCCAUCUAUGUUCAGUGCAUAUCACCGGGAAGGCUACCGGGCAUGCGCAGAAGCCGGCGCAGACUUAUUCUUAUCUUAGUGAGAAUAGGGGACUUGCGCUAAGAGAUCACGUGACUUUUUGGGUGGCUCAGGCUUUUAGCGAGAAAAUAUAAGCAACAAAAAGUAACCUAUUCAGCGCUUACAAAAGCCGGAAUUCUUGUAUUUCAGAAAGGGUUUAGUUUCAUUUAAUGAUUUAAUUAUAUCAUCAUUCUCUGGCGUGACGGGAGCAAUGAUUCCUGGUUAUUUUGUUUGAUUAUUUUGUUUAGAAUUUGCCAUCAAGAUAGGUCACGUGAUAUCUUAGGGCAAGUCCCCUAUUUUUUACUAUAUUCAAUCAAUAACCGUGUUCAAAGACGGGCGAAUGAAAUUGAAACGGAUUUUGGGCGCAAGGGAAAGUGUAUGGGAAAAAUAAUAAAUAAAAAAAACUAGAAAAAAA